AUGGAUUCUCCCACUAUCUCAUCUUCUUCCUCUGACUUUUCUUCCAUAGCCACCGCUGAUCAGACUGCGGCCCGGAGUAGGAGAAGUGGCGGCAGCAGUGAAGUGGCGGCUGCGGAACAAUCACGGCGGUGGCAUGAUGUUUUCUGGUUAGGGAUAUUUGUGAUCCAUUUGAUUGGACUAGGAUUCCUUCUUGGGGUUCUUGGCUUCAAUAGGUUUGAGAUAGAGAAUAGGCUUGACAUUGAUAAGUACACCUCGGGUCUUUCGGGGAAUGAAGCUGGGUUGACCGAGACUUACUGGCCGCUCUAUGGGGCGGCUGGUGGAAUUGGGACUGUUCUUGGAUGGACUUGGAUGUUGUUGUUGGGUUCCCGGGCUACUCAAAUGAUGAAGGUUUCUGUUCACAUACUGACCACUUAUCUCGCUGUCAUCAGUGUUUUGUGUUUCUGGACCGAGCAGAUUUUCUGGGGGGUUGCUUUUGCUAUCGGCGCUGCUCUCCAGUUCUUGUAUGUUAUAUCCGUCAUAGACCGGCUUCCAUUUACGAUGUUGGUUUUGCAAAAAGCUGUGAAGAUGGUUUGGAAUCUUCCCGAGGUUAUGAGAGUAUCAAUAGCAUUUAUGUUUGUUGUGCUUUUAUGGAUGGCCUUAUGGUCAUUUGGAGCAGCAGGUGUUGUGGCUUCAAACUUGAGUGAUGGGGGACGCUGGUGGCUUCUUGUGAUUUUCUCUGUAAGCUUAUUUUGGACAGGUGCAGUGCUCUGUAAUACCGUGCACGUUAUCGUGUCUGGGAUGGUGUUUCUUGUUCUACUCCAUGGUGGUAGAGAGGCUGCUUCGAUUCCCGCUAACUCCUUAACGAAAUCUUUACAGUAUGCUUUAACAACAUCUUUCGGUAGCAUUUGUUAUGGCUCGUUAUUCACUGCUGCUAUUAGGACACUGCGAUGGGAGAUACGUGGACUUCGGUCAAAGAUUGGCAACAACGAGUGUUUACUUUGCUGUGUUGAUUUCCUUUUUCAUCUUGUGGAGACUCUCGUUCGAUUUUUUAACAAAUAUGCCUAUGUUCAGAUAGCUGUUAACGGUAAAAGCUUUAACCAUUCAGCUAGAGAUGCGUGGGAGCUAUUUCAGUCAACCGGGGUCGAGGCACUUGUGGCCUACGAUUGUUCAGGCGCUGUCCUGCUAAUGGGCACCGUCUUUGGCGGGUUGAUAACCGGAACUUGCUCUGGCGCAUGGGCGUGGGUUAAAUGGAGCGACAGAGUUAUUAUGAUUGGCUCCACAUCCAUGCUUAUGGGAAUGGUUUUGGUUGGAUUGGCAAUGGUUGUGGUGGAGAGUGCUGUUACGUCGAUAUAUAUCUGUUAUGCAGAAGACCCUUUAUUGAUUCAGAGAUGGGAUGCUGAGUUUUUCAACCAGAUGUCCGAGACACUGCAUCACCGACUUCAAUAUCGGAGUGCUCGAGCCAGGGAAGUUUUAACUCAUUAUCGACUCAAUGACGAUCCGAUACGAGAAAACGCCGCUAUUUGA